CAAGGUCUCGCUCACCAUCCCGGCUUUUGUGCAGAUGCGCAGAGCGUCGUCGUCACCCGCGCUGGCCGUCUCCGUCACUACACUGUCGUCACUAUCCUUGCACGAACGAAAACGCCCGUACCCGAUCGUGCGAGCCGUUUCAGACCGCUCUUACCUUACAGUCAUGAUCUAGAGCAUCUGCAGCAGCCUGUCGAGACGUCUCGACCCUCCGAGCCGCGUCCACAUUACCGACACUUUGAGCUCAGCGAUAGCAGCAAGCAACAUGUCUGAUGGAGGAACGGGCAAAAAGUUUGCCUACGGCACGACGGUCGUUGCCGGCGUCGCCUCCUUGUCAGCGACGCUACUCUCCAUCGUGUCCAUUUGGCUCCAAGCGAAAAACUACCGAAAACCACUCCUCCAGCGAUACGUCAUCCGCAUCCUGCUGAUGGUCCCCAUAUACUCGAUCGCCUCAUGGACGAGCAUGGUGUCGCUGACAACGGCCGCAUUCCUGGACCCCAUCCGAGAUAUCUACGAAGCCUUCACAAUCUACACCUUCUUCCAGCUCCUCAUCAACUACCUCGGCGGCGAGCGCGCCUUAAUCAUCAUGACACAUGGACGAGCACCUGUUCAGCACCUUUGGCCCCUGAACCACGUCCUGCGCAAGGUCGACAUCUCAGACCCCCACACCUUUCUAUCCAUCAAGCGCGGCAUCCUACAGUACGCGUGGCUGAAGCCCAUCUUGUCCCUGGCCGCUAUUGUCAUGAAAGCCACGGGCACCUAUCAGGAAGGCUACAUUGGAGCCACUUCCGGCUACUUCUGGAGCGGCAUCAUCUACAACAUUAGCGUCACCGUCAGCCUGUACUCCUUGGGCCUGUUCUGGGUAUGCAUGCACCGCGACCUUCAACCGUUUCGGCCCGUGCCCAAGUUCCUCUGCAUCAAGCUCAUCAUCUUUGCGUCGUACUGGCAAGGGUUCUUCUUGUCCAUCCUGGUGUGGCUUGGCGCUAUCCCUGACGACGUUGAAGGCUACACGAGAGAUAACCUCGCAGCAGCCAUUCAGGAUGCUCUGAUUUGCAUCGAAAUGCCCAUGUUUGCCGUCGCUCACUGGUAUGCCUUCUCGUGGCAUGACUUUGCCGAUAACAGCAUUCUUUCGGCACGCAUGCCGCUCAACUUCGCUUUGAAGGAUGCCUUUGGCCCAAAGGAUUUGAUUGAGGACUCCAAAGAAACGUUUAGGGGCAACAACUAUGGCUACCGUGCGUUUGACUCUGGCGACAAAGUCAUGGCCCACGAGGACUCCAAGUCGAGACUGGCUAGACUGCAGGCCGGUAUGCGUUACGAGAGGGGAGGCAAGGGCAAAUACUGGAUCCCCAAGCCAGGAGAGAUCAACACGACGUCACCACUGCUGCCUUCCAAUGGAAAUGGUGGACCGAGUUCAAGCCGUGCAGAUCAGAUCAACGAACACACACACGGGACAUUUGACGAACCCGAGCUUGACGGUGACGAUGAGCGCUUGUUCGAGUCUGCCCGUCUGCUCGAGUAUGGAGACUGGAACUAUCCGGUCAUCACUGCCAGCGAGCCGCUGAGUGCUAGAUACUCGCCGCCUUGGGCAACGCCAACGUCUCGCUCACCCGCUACGGCUGUAUCUGCCAGGCUGCCGCGCACACGUGAAAGCACAUCCAGGCCGUCACUACAAACAGUUGUUACAGUGAAGAAGAAGAAAAAGGCGAAGAAAGUGGUGACCCAUCCCGAGCCGGACCCAGCGGAUCUUGGUCUUGGUCGGGGACCUCCAGCACCGGCAGCAGUGGAGACUUACGAAGCCAGUCCGGCAGCGGAGGCAGGAUCGCACGCCGUGAACGAUACCCACAAUGAGCCAGAUGAGGUCGAGGGCCGACGGUACCAGGUCUCGGAUACUGACGAGUUUCAUAAUGUGUGGGGCUCGGACAGGUAAAGCGUCCGAGACUGGUGAACAUGUACUGUAUAAAGCCAGUGGCCGGAUUACGAUAUUAGCUUGCGAAAAGGCUUGUAGCAUAGCGAGGCGUUUAUGGUCGAAUGUUGAGGAAACAUACGGGAGAUACUACAUAUUGACCGUUCCGUGCCCGAUACGAUAUUCACGUUUGUGUUCAGUCC